GAGUUCGGGGCACGGCUGGUCGUCGCCGGCUUUUUUUCUUUCCCCAUCGUCGCCUCUGUCCUCGUGCAUACUGGGCCCACUGCUGCCAGCGUCGCUCUCUGCCCCUUCACACUCCUUGCAGUCCCCCCCUUCGUUUCCUCCGAAAACGACUCUAUUUCCUCCGUAAUUUGCCAAUAAUCGGCCAUGCGCCUUUCUUCGGCCAUAGGCCUCUCCCUGCUCGGUCUGAGCGCGCCCUUUGUCGCUCAAGCUGCCUCCCACGGCGAGCCCGGUCGUCGCCACAACGAUCUUGCGCGCCGCGCUCGUGGCGACAUCGAUAUCUUCCAAAAACGGGACACGUUCAGUAACGCGCGCCUCACCUUCUACGCUGUUGGCCUGGGAGCCUGUGGCCAGCAGAAUGUUCCUAGUGAUUUUAUCGUCGCUUUGAACACACCGCAAUUCGGUAGUGGCUAUCCUGGCCCUUAUUGCUUCGAGACCAUUACGAUUUCUUAUAACGGCAUGACUGCCCAGGCAACCAUCAUGGACGAGUGUCCCGGAUGCCCAUACGGUGGACUUGACUUGUCCACUGGUCUUUUCACGUACUUCGCACCUGAGUCUGUCGGUGUCCUCACCGCCGAAUGGUGGUUCAAUGACGGCUCUCCGGCUCCUACCACGACCGCCGCGCCGCCACCUCCGCCACCGAGUCCUACCCCACCACCCCCUCCGCCGCCGCCGCCGCCUCCGCCCCCAUCUCCUUCUCCUCCACCCCCUCCGCCGCCGCCCCCGCCGCCGCCCCCGACAACUUCCUGGACUCCGCCAGUCCAGAUCAGCGUCUCAACACCUGCUCCCAGCCCCACCACGUCGAGUCCGCCGCCUCCGCCGCCUCCUUCGACCUCCAGCACCUGGAGUUCCAGCUCAGUCUGGUCCUCGAGCUCGAGUUCCAGCGCUAUACCCUCGCCCUCCUCGUCCUCUGGCAGUGCCGAGCUGUCGUCUUCUGCCGCUCCUUCGCCGUCGAGCAGCGCUGCGCCCACGCCCACACUCGAUACGAUCAACGCCGCCAAUCAGGCCUUCCUCGGCCUCACUGGUCUGCUUGUCGCCGGGGCCGGUGCCGGUGAUGCCGCUCAGUAAACUAGUCCACUCGCUAGGCUUUGGCUUCACUUGACACUUGAACUCUGUUUCCAAAGCCUUACUUAUUUGGGCCAGCAGCGUAUACCCUUCUUAACUAGACAGUUAUAUGAUUUUUUCGCCGAGCUUACAGUUUAUCCAUUCCUGUCCUAUCUUCGCCCUCUCGCGUACAAGCCUUUUGUAUGUACGUGGUCAAUACCCCGU